AUGUCGCUACAGGCUGACAGCGGCGACGCGGUGACAAAGAGACCCCUGCCUCCUCCUCUCCCUCAGAUCACACGGAUCGUUAUCUUAGUUUGUACCACUGCUAUUGCUUAUCCUCUGUUUGAUUAUCUUUGUAGGAGGGUAUUGUUCAACAAUCUGCUCAAGGUGAGCGACAACAUGAACCCCAGUGACUUGGUGAAGCUGAUUGAGAUUCUGGACCCUUCAAACAAACCUGGAAGGAUCACCAUAAUUACAAGGAUGGGGGAAGAGAACAUGAGAGUGAAGUUGCCUCAUCUCAUCCGUGUUGUUCGCAAUGCUGGAUUGAUUGUCACAUGGAUUACUGAUCCUAUGCAUGGAAACACCAUCAAGGCCCCUUGUGGCCUGAAGACUCGUCCAUUCGACUCAAUUCUGGCUGAAGUGCGCGCAUUCUUCGACGUGCAUGAUCAAGAAGGAAGUCACCCAGGAGGCAUCCACCUUGAAAUGACUGGGCAGAACGUGACCGAGUGCAUUGGUGGAUCAAGGACUGUGACCUUCGAUGACCUGAGCGACCGCUACCACACCCACUGUGACCCAAGGCUGAACGCCUCCCAGUCCCUGGAGCUCGCCUUUGAAGCGUCCCGGUCCUCUAGGACUCAAAUGUGA